CCCCAAAAAGCAGAUCAAAAUUUUUGCUGAACAAACAGAUCCUCUCUCUCUCUCUCUCUCUCUCUCUCUCUCUCUCUCUCUCUCCCUCUCAGCGUCUCAUGUGUUACGCUCAUCAUCUUUGAUCUUUGGAGACCAUGUGUGUGUCUUUGACUUGGACUCGCUCCCCCUCCCUUCCUUUUAAGCCUGCCCCCCUCAGCUUUCUGCCUACUCUGCGCAGCCCGUGAGCUCGGCCAUGGGCGUCCUCCGCCGUCGCAGCCACCUCCGCAGUUGCCUCUCCACCGCCGCCGCAGCUGUCGUCGCCUUCGCCCUUCUCGUCGCCCUCAGUGUCUCCUGCCUCGGUGGGGGAGUGCUGGGAGUGGCGAGGGAGGAGAUAAGGAGGAGGGUCAGUGACUCGGAAGUUUUGGAUUUGACUCGGAGGAGACUCGCCGGGCCGGGAUCGUCGCCGCCUACUUGCCGAAGCAAGUGCGGGAAGUGCACGCCGUGCAAGCCCGUGCACGUGCCUAUUCAACCCGGGUUGAGCCUGCCACAGGAGUACUACCCGGAAGCCUGGCGUUGCAAGUGCGGCGACAAGCUCUUCAUGCCUUAAUGAACGAAUACAAAAGAAGAAACAUGAUUCCCAGAAGAACAACGAAUCGAAGAAGCAAAUUUUUAAUUACUUCUAGUCUUUUGAUGCCGACAUUGCUCUCUGUUUAUAGUGAUUUUUGUAAUUUGCAGUUGACGACAUUACAGAGAGGACUCCCCUGUUUUCUGUGUGUCCUGUUGUGGGUUUUGAGUUUGCAUUUAUGCAAGUGUAUUAAGAGACAGUAAAUGCUGUAAUUAUGACGAGCUUCGAUUUUCAAAAGAAAAUCCAAAAUGAUGUUGCAA